AGAGAGGAGCCGACUCGGCAGGGACCGGGAGACGGGGCCGAGAGAGCGAGGGAGGGAGUGAGCAAGCGAGCGUGCGAGCGAGGAGGGGAAAGGCGGCCAGUCGUACCUGAGCGGCCGCGGACGGGAGUGGGAGAGGUGGGGAAAGGAGCAGGGAGGGGAAGAAGAAAGGCUGAGAGAAGGAGGUGGACAGAGGCGGCUGCUGCUGCUGCUGGUGGUGCUGGUAGGGGUGUUAGGGGGAGAAGGAGGAGCUGGAGGAGGGCAGGGGCUGAGGGAGUGAGUGAGAGAAGCGGACGCGCCAGGGAGGGGAGGGAAGGGGGGUCACGCGGGGGCGCGCGCGCACAGGGAGCGCGCUCGGAGGCGAGUGGAACUGGAUCGGGUUUGCUGCCAGCGGCGUGAGCUUCGGCCGCCAUUUUACAACAGCUCCACUCGCGCUGGACACAGGGAGCAGCGAGCACGCGUUUCCCGCAACCCGAUCUCCUCGGACAGGAUUCCUCCGCCGCAGCCCAACGGGGAGAUCUCUGGAAACAUGGCUACAGAACAUGUUAAUGGAAAUGGUACUGAAGAGCCCAUGGAUACUACUUCUGCAGUUAUCCAUUCAGAAAAUUUUCAGACAUUGCUUGAUGCUGGUUUACCACAGAAAGUUGCUGAAAAACUAGAUGAAAUUUACGUUGCAGGGCUGGUUGCACAUAGUGAUUUAGAUGAAAGAGCUAUCGAAGCUUUAAAAGAAUUCAAUGAAGACGGCGCAUUGGCAGUUCUUCAGCAGUUUAAAGACAGUGAUCUCUCUCAUGUUCAGAACAAAAGUGCCUUUUUAUGUGGAGUCAUGAAGACUUAUAGGCAGAGAGAAAAACAGGGGACCAAAGUAGCGGAUUCUAGCAAAGGACCAGAUGAGGCAAAAAUUAAGGCACUCUUGGAAAGAACAGGCUACACACUUGAUGUGACCACUGGACAGAGGAAGUAUGGGGGACCACCUCCAGAUUCCGUUUAUUCAGGUCAGCAGCCUUCUGUUGGCACUGAGAUAUUUGUGGGGAAGAUCCCAAGAGAUCUAUUUGAGGAUGAACUUGUUCCAUUAUUUGAGAAAGCUGGACCUAUAUGGGAUCUUCGUUUAAUGAUGGAUCCACUCACAGGUCUCAAUAGAGGUUAUGCGUUUGUCACUUUUUGUACAAAAGAAGCAGCUCAGGAGGCUGUUAAACUGUAUAAUAAUCAUGAAAUUCGUUCUGGAAAACACAUUGGUGUCUGCAUCUCAGUUGCCAACAAUAGGCUUUUUGUGGGCUCUAUUCCUAAGAGUAAAACCAAGGAACAGAUUCUUGAAGAAUUUAGCAAAGUAACAGAGGGUCUUACAGACGUCAUUUUAUACCACCAACCAGACGACAAGAAAAAAAACAGAGGCUUUUGCUUUCUUGAAUAUGAAGAUCACAAAACAGCUGCUCAGGCAAGGCGUAGGUUAAUGAGUGGUAAAGUCAAGGUUUGGGGAAAUGUUGGAACUGUUGAAUGGGCUGAUCCUAUAGAAGAUCCUGAUCCCGAGGUUAUGGCAAAGGUAAAAGUGCUGUUUGUACGCAACCUUGCCAAUACUGUAACAGAAGAGAUUUUAGAAAAGGCAUUUAGUCAGUUUGGGAAACUGGAACGAGUGAAGAAACUAAAAGAUUAUGCUUUUAUUCAUUUUGAUGAGCGAGAUGGUGCUGUCAAGGCUAUGGAAGAAAUGAAUGGCAAGGAUUUGGAGGGAGAAAAUAUUGAAAUUGUUUUUGCUAAGCCACCAGACCAGAAAAGGAAAGAAAGAAAAGCUCAGAGGCAAGCAGCAAAGAAUCAAAUGUAUGAUGAUUACUACUAUUAUGGUCCACCUCAUAUGCCGCCUCCAACAAGAGGUCGAGGGCGUGGAGGUAGAGGUGGUUAUGGAUAUCCUCCAGAUUAUUAUGGAUAUGAAGAUUAUUAUGAUUAUUAUGGCUAUGAUUACCAUAACUAUCGUGGUGGAUAUGAAGAUCCAUACUAUGGUUACGAAGAUUUCCAAGUUGGAGCUAGAGGAAGGGGUGGUAGAGGAGCAAGGGGUGCUGCUCCAUCCAGAGGUCGUGGGGCUGCUCCUCCCCGCGGUAGAGCCGGUUAUUCACAGAGAGGAGGUCCUGGAUCAUCAAGAGGCGUUCGUGGUGCGAGAGGAGGUGCCCAACAACAAAGAGGCCGCGGGGGAAAAGGGGUCGAGGCCGGUCCUGACCUGUUACAAUGAAGACUGACUUGCUAUGUGGGAUUACACCAGAAGCUUGCAGUGGAGUAAUGGUAAGGAAAUCAAGCAACCUUAAAUAUCACGGCUGUAUAGGAGCAUAUUCUAUUGCAGAAGACCUUCCUGUGAAGAUCAUGGAAUCAAAUACAGGACUUUGAACUAACUUGGACUUUGAUAUGAAUUUCUUUAACAAUUUUCUCUGCAGUGCAAGUUAUUAAACUAAAGCUACUCUAUUUUCCAAAUGUGUUCAAACAGAAAUUCUUCAUAACUUCUAGCAUGAUAUCUUAAUAAAGAAUAAAGUUCUUCUCUUGAAAAAAUCUGCUCUAAGUAGAUUUUUCCCCCGUUUUUUUAAAUUAAGGAUUCCAGCAGUGGUUUUCUGAAAUAUUCUCUUGAAUUUGUGCAUUUAAAUUUUAUUGCAGUGGUAUAGAUGAAUACCAUUGUUGGUAUCCUUAAAUUUCUGCUCACCAAGGUUAAUCAUGAUUGUCUAUCUUUUUUAUAGUAAUCACUUUUGAAUUGUGUUCAGAUAUGCAGUUUCAGGUGUAAUCAUCAGAGCUGGUUAGUCAGGCAUUCCAGAUAGUGGUUCUUUUCAGAACCUUUUUUAAAGGGUUGGUUAACUACCUCAGUAGCAGAGGAUUGAACUAUACCCUGUCUGUACUGUACAUAGAAAAUCUUUGUAGAUAAAAGCAAGGCUUGUUAAAUGAUAUGAGGGUAAGAUUUUAAUAUACCAAAUGUAACAUUCUUAAUUGCCUUUAGUUUCAGAGGCUUGUAAGACUUCCUCAUGACCAUCAUAACAGGCCUUGCUUUUGUCGUAUUUUGUGGCUGAAAAAGCAGCCUUGCUUCUUCAGAUAUUGUAGUUAUUUGGAUGUAUAAUAGUUUAGCAAGAUGUUACUUUUGUAAGACAUCAGAUGUUCAAAAAAAAGUGCAUCCGAACUUGUACUAAAUACUGCAGUGUCCCUUUAUAAAAAGUCAGACUAAAACUGACAGCUGUACAGCGAAGCCUGACAUUUGGAUAUUUUGAAGUUUUUUCAUAAAUCAUAGAGAUUAGUAUAUGGCUGUAGUUUAGCUUUUUAGGUAAAAGGUAUGUUUCAUUAGUGCAUUUCUUAUUGCUGAUCACUGCAAAAUUGUGAAUCAGCUUUCCAUUUCUUAUGCAGGUCAUGAUAACUUGUAGAUUAGAUUACAAUCAUUUGUGCUAUGUUUUUAAUUUUCUAAAGCACCUUGAUGACAGUGAGUGUUCAGUGGUGAAGCAUCCUCUAUUGAAUCAACCUCAAAAAUUUUUUUGCCAAGUCCAAAAUUGAUAGCUUAAAGUCAAAAGUGAAAUUAUAGUUUAAUUAGGACUUGGUAUAAAGAAAUCCCUUUUCCCCUUCCCCAAAGGGAUACUGCAGUUAUAUCACAUACCCAAUAGGCACCACGAUGAAGAUCAGAGCUUAUUAUACUUAAGGUUUUAUACACACCAGUUCCCCCAGUAAAUGCAAAUUUAACAAGAAAAUUAGACAUGUCAUAUGUUCAAAAUGCUCAUGGCAAACAAUCAUUUUGCAUUCCUGCAAAUAAAAUUGUUUUAUACUGUAAGCUGGAGGCGAGUGUAACUUAUUUUUGUAAUAAAGUUUUUAUUUUUUUUAUGUGUCAUUAAUAUAAAUGUGUGUUAGUAUAGAAAUAUUCUGGUUUAAAAACUUAGAAUUGCACACAUUUCAGUAUGUUUAUUUGUACUUACAUAAUUUUAGAAUAGUGGUUGCCAAUAGCCUGUAUGUUUCACAUUAAUUGGUUUUUUAUGUUAUCUUAAUAAACCAUUUUAGUAUGUUGUAUGUCAGUUACUGGGAUAGCUGGGACAUAGAGUGUAAUUUAAAAUUUGUCAAUAAGUAUUCAUUGGAAUAUAUGUAAAUGUGCCUUGCCGGUUAUUGAAACUUACCUACAAAAUGAGUAUGGGGUGACAAAAAUUAGUUCCUGGUGCUUAAUGAAACUUUCUGCCACUGAUUUUAUAUAUUACCCCGUGCUUUUUUAAAGUACAUCUCUCUGAAAUCUUAGUGUAAGUUUGAGGGCUACACAAAACAUUUUACAUUUCAUUUUGACAUAUAAUGAGUAUAACAGGUUUGUGGAAAGUGGGUAAACUAAAUGUAGCCUUCAGCAAAAUUGAAUCUCAGUGUAAUCCUUGGUGCUGGCAUUUCCCAGUUCCAAGGAGUUAAAUGAUCCCAUCAAAGAGGUCAUUGCCAUGCCUAUUGGCACUUUACUGUCAUAUCCUUUUUAAGGGACACUGUCAAGGUGUUUAAGUUAAUUCUCAGAAUUAUUUGUUGGGAUUUUAGGGCGGGUUUGUUUGGCUUAAGUAAAAACUGCAUUGUCACAGUUAAAAGAUGAACAUUUUUGUGAUUUCACAAAUGUGUUCCUAAAACAUUAAAAUAUGGAGCUGUGGGUUUCUAAGACUAUUUGCCAUUCUUAGUUUGGGGAUUUGGGAGGGAAAACUGAUAAAGAAAUUGUGAAGAAUUGAUGGGUAAUGUAAACAGUGGUGGUGAAAUAUAUACACACUCAAGUGAAAUUAACUUGACAGUGUUCAUUUGAAUAACUUUGAAUUCAAGCCAUUAUAAUUUUAAAAUUAAAUAUCAUUUGCACUGUUCUGAUAAUGGGUGCAGUUUUUGAGCAAUAUAAUCAGAGCUAAAUAAAUAUGCAUGUAGUGAUUAGUGAUGUGAACAAUUAAGUUCUGAGAAGAAAUACUAACUGGUAUUUUCAAACUUAAAUUUCUGUAGUAAAAUCAGUAUCAAACUUACCAGAAAUCAAGGAAAACAGGCAAUGCAUAUAAACAUACUUUGGAAUGUUGUGUGGCCUAUAAAGCAAUAAUGCAAUUUAUAUGGAAUGUCAUGGGAUAUGAGAAAUGGAAAUGCAAAAAUAACUAAUCCUUUAGUAAAAAUGUCAACCUGUUAAAAGGGGAAUGUUAACUAAUGUAGGUUAUUGCUAUUUGUGAUUUGUUUAUGGGUUCUUGGCUUUGACAGCUUCAAUGAAUGGACAGAUGACAAGUUAAAGAAAUUUUGUAAAUAUUGUCAAGGAAUGGGUCUUAUAUCCAAGAGUCAAGUUCCUUCCUUGGGGUGAAAAUUGUAUCCUUGAAAGCAUUCUGAUUGUUAGUUACCUAACCAAAACAGACGCAAGAUUUUGUUUCUGCAGACUACUUGGCAAUCAAAAGUGAUCAGUAAUUUAAUCAGUUUUCAGAAAGUUGCUUUGUGAGGAAACUAUUGAAUAUAUUCUUUUUAUGGAAGAUUUUCAGCCAUUGCGAGUAAAUCAGAUAUUAAAAAUGAAGGAGGAAUUGAGCACAAAAAGAGCGGUUGCACACUCAUGAUGGCAGUUGUUGCAUCAUGAGAAAUUUACCGAUUACUGCAAGUCUGAUUUAACAAAAUAUAUUUUCCUUGUGAUAAAAUAUGAAGAACAGAAGUGGAUUGAUGGAGUGAUCUGGGGUAUUAACUUGUAUAUAAGAUAUUUGAAAAGACUUAUUUAAUAUCAGGGUGAACAUUUAUGCUAAUUGGGCAAAAUUGUCACAUUCAGGACAGCCUCUUUGACUAAGUUAAAAGUCACUGUUAGAAAUAGCAAAAGAUCACCUUGUUAUUACAGAGUAUGAUGUGUAGUCUUAUUUUAAGGGGAGAUAUGAAAAAGUAGAAGGCCUUUGUGCAUUUAGGAGAAGGAAGUAAAGGAUUGCUCAGGUUCCUAAAACUUCAAGAAUACCCACAAUAACCAUUUUCUCCCCAUUAAUGUGUAUAAAAUUUUUAUCUGAGCAUAGGAAUCCAGUGGCGGGUAUGAAAUGAAUGAACUUAAGUAAUAGUUCAUGAAAUGGACAGACUUGUGGGGAUGAUGUAUAGUAUUAAUUACUCAGUAAUCAUACCACUCAAUAGGGCAUGCCACUACUUUUUAAGAUACUAAUUAUAAACCAAUGUUCAAAGAUAUUUUUAACUGUGGGCAAAUUAGUGAAUGGACCUUUUGGUCUGUCACUUUUUAAAGUACUUAUAUAUUAAGUUCUAUUAGCACCACAGUCUGCCUUCAGUAAUAUACCUAAAAUAUUUUUUCAGGACCAGAAGCAGUUAGUUUGGAAUAACAAAUCUUUUUUUACAAAUACAAAACAGUAUUAUAAGUAAUGCUCUGGUCCAAGAUUAGGUUUUUAAUGACAUUAACAGUAGUCUGAUAAACAUUUAGAAGUCUGGCAUUGAGAAACAAAAGCUUGUACCUGAUUAGUAUUUUUAUUUAAAAAAUAAUAGUUCUGUUAGCUUAUUUAAAUUGUCUCUUGCAUUUAUUUAUCCAUAGAAUUUAUAUUUAUUUCAUUCCUUUUAUAUCCCUGAAAACUCUGCAGGCUCUUUGAUUUGGGUUAGAUGUGUGAAGUACUGUCUUUUGCCAAAAACCUCAAAUUACCUGUUCUUUUCAACGUAGUGGGUUUGUGCUUGUUUGGAGAUCAGUUCAAAAACUAUCUGUACUAUCUGUACUGCCUCUGAUGUUAAGAUUUUAUGUAUAGCAUAAGGAAGCUAGCUCUGACUAUAUUUUCCUAAGAAUAAAGACCUAUUUUUGUAGCAUGUCUUAGGAUCUCCAG